CAAAAAAGGGGCGUGGUUAUUGUUACGUAACAGCAAGGACGACACACCCCCUUAGCUUAUGUUUUUGUAGCUGUCGGUUUAACAGAGGAGGACAAGUAGAAAAAUCGCUGUUUUCACUAUUCCGAGGUUCGGUUCUUCUUUGGAAAAUUGACAGGAUGCUCGCGAGAUACUUACCAUUGCUCCAAUGUUAUGGAAAUAUCAUGGGCAGAACGACCAUCAUCGCUCGGCCACUCCUCGCUUCAAAUUUUUCUACAAACAGAACGACCAGCCAAGACGCAAAUGCUUCGGCCCAAAGUGAAGGUCGUAGAGAGGAGCAGGACUCUUCAUCCAAAGAAGAUGACGUCAAGUUUAAAAUAUUCAAUGCAGCUCUCCCUCUGGUGCACCAGUUAGGAUGGACCAAAGAAUGCCUGGAAGCUGGGGCAGAAUCGAUCGGCUUAUCCAAGUCGAGCCACGGCAUUUUCGAGCAUGGCGGAACUUCGUUUGUGCAUUUCUUCCACAGAAACUGCAAUAAAGAGUUGAGGAAAAUCGCCAAAGACGAACAGAUAGAGUCUGCUAAAAGUGAUGAACUAACCAAAGUACACCAGCUGCUGGAGCAAAGGCUGCAGAUGAUCUUGCCAUACCUGCCCCAGUGGCCGCAAGCCAUGGCCCUGAUGGCACGUCCCCACAGUUCUUUAGAUUCGUACAAACUGCUCUACGAGCUGGCCGAUGACAUUUGCUUCUUUGCUGGCGACCGAUCUCUCAAUGCUACUUGGUACACAAAAAGAGCAGCAGUCGCUGGGCUUUACAUCACUGGGGAACUCAGUCUAGUCCAAGACAAAAGCGCAAACUGUGAUGAGUCGUGGCGGAUGCUUGCACGCAGGAUAGAUGACCUGAGGAAGGUUGAGGAGUUCGGUGGAAGCUGCAGUCGCCAGCAGGAAAUCCUCAAGGACAUCGCGCAGUCUUCACUCACAUUGAUUCGUAAUUUGACGGGCAUGCAGUCUUACCAAAGGAACUCCAGAUGAGAUAAGGAAUAGCGAUAGAAUUGUUGAUAGCGAUUAAAAAGGACUGAAAAGAAUUAAUUUUGGUCUUAUUUUCUCAAGCUUGCAUUCAAUUAAAUAACUAAAAAGUUAGAAAUUGAUUUAAAAAGUGAGUUUUUGUUCUAUUUAGAUGUAAUUUGGUUAUUAGACAAAUAUUGAAGACUCAAAUGAAUCCCUGGAUCAUUUUUUGGCAUUACUAGAAAUACUUGAAAAUUCCCUUUAAAGUGAGUGUCGUGGGCUUUUGUAAUUAACGUUGUAUAAAACUAAAUAUAUUCUGAAAGCUGUUGAAAUUUCCUGUUUCAAAAAUUUUUGUAACAAUUUAUUUGAGAAUCAGGCUUGAAAAUCCGAGAUUUAAGUGGAUCGGAAAUUUCCCUGGGUGAUAUAAUUGAACAAGAUAUUUAAACAAGUGUUUCAAGAUUACCGCUAAUUUCCCUUAAUUCUGAUUAUUUUCGUUCCAUUAAGCUUUUAAUAAUUUAAUUCAAUUUACCUACAACUCAAGUAGCUCCAGGUUAUUGAUAUACUCAAGUAAAAGUCAAAUUUAUAUGGUUGUUUCACUUCUUUAUUGAAACAGAAGGACAAUAACUCCCUAAAUUACGUACUUCACAUAUUCCUUCAUUUGAACCUUUCAUUAUAAUUAUAAUUUUUCGCAUCAUAUGGUGGUAAAAGAUAAUACAAACACAAUCAUACUCAAGCAAGCAAUCUGGUCUCUUAUUUUGAUUGAUAAUUAAAGUGUUCAUCUCGCGACGUGUAAACACAACAUUUUCGGUAGGAUGAGAAAUAUGCUAGUCACUUGAUUUCGAACCAAUACAGUUUGGUAUUUAAGUUGUACAAAAUCCUGCCGAGCCACUUGGCAAAGUUGUCAUGGUGUGAAAAUGGAUUUCAACAGACGCACUCUCUGUCUCGAAUCAAAACACGUGGUGGCUCAGUCACUCUUUUGAAACAUUCAACACUAAAACAAAACUCGCGCCUAGCUCGGAAUGGAAAACAUUGUAAUGACGGUGGUUAUAAUCCUGUUAGCAGACAUCUUGCAUCAUCUAUGAGAUCAGGACUGAAUUAAUUAAUUUACCCUGCUGGGCGCCUCUCUAUUUUUGGUAUGACACGCCUAAAGUACGGGGUUCAAAUGACAAUGGGCUUUUUUUAACGACUGCCACUAAAUGAAUAGCAACAGUUCUAAAUGCAUAGUAACACUAGUAGUUUCAUCUUUUUUAUCUUCACCUCGUUCAAUAUUACUUACACAUCAGUUGGUAGGUUUCUAUCAGCCAUGAGUUCUCCAAUGAGCUUUGUCGAUUGGUUAAGCUUGGAAGGAGGAGCGGUUAAAAUUUAAUCUAAUUUUCAAAGAGAAAAAAAUCAAGUUCAUGGCCACUUGGAAAAUUUUCCAAAAUAGAGCCGUGGAUACUUUCACUUUUGGUUUGAUAAAUACCCCGGCAUAACUUCCUAAUUUAAUGAAAAAUUUAGUAAUUUUUGUCUGCUUAUUGAUAAACAAUCAAUUCUUUCAUGAUCUCCACAAAUAAAAAGCAAUGAUAGUUAGAAAAACUUUAACUGGUUGCUUGUAUUAACAUAAAAAAAUACUUUCAAACUUGGAAGAUACGCAGGGUUGCCUUGUAAGUACUGUAAUUUGUUGAAAUAGAUUUUAUCACUGUUUGAUUUGAAUUAAAAGAGCCUCACUCCAAGCUUCAAUUCUCUUCGUUUAAAAUUUGAACAUCUUAUUGCGUAUUGCCG